GACAAAUACACAUUCUUACCGUCUCUAAAGAUAUCUUAACAAUACAAAGACUAAUGUCAUACUGCAAGUCAUUUGCUAACCGAUCAAUCCUCUUCUCACCAUGCAAUGAUUUGUGUUACUCUAUAUCGAAGACUCAAAGUCCUAACAUGGGUUCUUGUAUGAUUCAUGGUGGUUGUGUGUUAUUAGCCAAUGAUGGAAUUUGUGUUGUAAGCGAUCUUAAUGAAUUGAAAAACGAUCAAUUAGGAGAACUGGAAAACGUGGUCCAAACGGAUUGUGUGAAUAUUGACGUUCCAAGGAAAUACAUUGAAGGCUGUCAGCAAGCUCAGAUUUCUGUCCCAGUGACAUGCAAGAUAUGGGCCUGUUGUGAAACAACUAAAAAACAAGGGGCAAGAGUGCAUUAUAACACCUAUCAAAAUUUGCAAGGAUAUGGGCAGUUAUCAAAGACUCUUAUUGAUUAUUUCAAUUUGGUGUUUGUUAUGACAGAGAACGAAUUAUCAGAUGUUUUCUCUGAAUCACUGAUUGUCCAGGACAUCCUGAAACAAUCCACCAGACUAGACCAACGAGAAACCGAUCGUAUUCCAAGAAAUGAAUUCUUUGAGUUUCUCCAAUAUGCAGCGUCUGGUAAUCCUUCAUUCAGUAACGAGGCCCGAGAUUUGAUCCAAGGGUUUUACCUCGCUAGUCGCAGAUCAAGAAAUUCUGGUGGAGCUGAGUUUCCGAUAACUGCACUCAAAUCAAUGAUGUCACUCGCAAAAGCUCAUGCAAAAUUAAGUUUUCGUCCUGAGGUUUCCGAAGAUGACGCAGUAAUGGCGAUUUUGCUGUACGAGGAAUCCAUAACAGCAAGAGUUGGUAUGUUGUUGUGA